AUGGCGUGGGUGAUGACGGAAGCGGCGAGAGCAUGGUCAUGGAAGAACGAAUACGAUGAAGAACGAAGAUGUUGUGGAAAUGAGCCGUUUCCACGGGCAAAACCAGCCACCUCCACAGAAAUCCGCGCGGCCACCCUGUCCCGCCUCUCCACUGCCGUCGCAGGCGGGCAGCCGACGAAAACAAUACCUUUGCGGCUAUCUGUCUCCACGGACGAUGACGAUUGCCCAGGCCGCUCCGGCAGUGCCUGCCGCCGCGCCCGCCAUGUGCUGCCUUUCCACCCCCUGCAGAAGCACUUCACCGCGGGCAUUGCUGUCGCGGGCGAGGGCUGGGGCGACGGCGGGUUCAGGUGGCGACCCCGCCGGCGCACGCCGAUGCGGACGCGGUCGGCGCGGCGCGGCGGGCGGACCACCGGCCUCGUGAUCGUGGGCGAGUUCGGCGGGACGUACGAGGAGGGGUUCGAGGACGUGCACAAGAACAUCAUCAACUACUUCACUUACAAGGCUACGCACAGGGUCCUCCAUCAGCUGUACGAGAUGAAUCCGCCAUGUUACCUUGCCGUCGACGACCCAUUAAACGGCGAUUAUUUCCUUCGCCUGCUCGCAAAGAAAUGCGACCACGCGAAAAUGUACGAGAGGAUCUCCAACGAGAACCUGGAGAUCAUGCGCCAGAGGCUACUGGAGACUGUGGUUUGGCCAACAGUCAGCAGGAGAUUACUGGACAAACAAUAUUGACACAGAUUUGAUAAACAAACUUCAUUUGACUGCAGUUACAGAGACCAAGUACUUGUUCUAGUUCUGAAUUCUAAAACACAUUAAGACAGUAAGAACUAUUACUACCUGUAAUCUUAUUUGGCAACAGACGACUGUACAAACUGGAGCUUACACAGUAUUAAGAAACAUUGACUGCCUGCCAUUGAAUUGA